CGUUGACUUGUUUUGUUCUUUCGGGUCGGAGCGAAAAGACGAAUAAAAACGCGGUUCUUCUUCUCCACUUCACUCGCGUUUCGUUUCGUUUCGUUUCAGCUACAGUCCAGCGCUCUCUGACAUUGAAGAUCUGUUCGCUGCUUCUGCCGUUUUCGCGUUCGAUCUUCACCACUGAAGAUGAUUGAUGAUGUAGGGCUGGGGACUGUUGCCAACUUACUUGGCAUGUUCAUAUUUUUUCUAGUGAUUGCUUAUCAUUACGUUACGGCCGACCCAAAAUACGAGGGCAACUGAAAAACUGAGUUGUGUAUGUGUUCAUGGAGAGACCAUAUGGCACCCCAAGAAACAUGGAUCAUACAACGUAGUGUUUGAAUUUUGUUAGUAUACCUAAAGACGGGGAUAUAAACCGGAAGUUUUGUGUACCUGCAACUUUUGGUAGCUCUCAAUACAAUAAUCUUCUCUUCCUUUUUUUAUCUCGUU